CGCCAAAAUAAAGUGGAGCCGACCCUGUCGCGGAAAGGGAAAAGUCGAAGAAAAAUAAUCUCGAUGCUAUCAUCAUCUUUCUCUCACACUUACCUCCCCUUCAAACAUACCUCUUCUUCACAUCAACCACAACAACUUCUCGUCUUCUGUACCGGCAUUUCUCGAGAUAUUACUUGAGUCCGCUCCUUAAAGCUCUUCAUCAUGCAUUUGAUCCGCCGCUCCGUCUUCCGCGCCGCCUUGUCGUCAACGACAAGCAGCAUCCGCACCCUCAACACCUCCACCCCCUUCGCCAUCCGCUCCAAGACCCAACAAUCAUCCAUCAUCGUACCCUCUGCAUUCAGACGCUACAGUGAUGAUGCCGCCGAGAAGAACAACAGCUCUUCAGAAUCUGUCCCUACUUCGGAUGGUGAGAGCAGUGCUGUGAAUAACGCUAUUGACUCGGCUUCUGACUCGGCUCCCUCAUCGUUUGGUGGUGAGUCCGAAUAUGCUCCUCGUGAGCCGAGACAGUACAACAAUGAUCGCAGAGGUGGCGAUCGUCCUUCGUAUGGUGGUGACAGAAAUGGAGGUGGCCGAGGAGGAUUCGGAGGCCGUGGUGGACGAGGAGGCUAUGGUGGAGACCGUGGAGGAGAUAGAUAUGGCGGUGGUGGAUAUGGAGGAAAUCGUGGUGGAGAUAGCUAUGGCGGUGGACGAGGAGGUGGCAUGCAGCGUGAUGGUGGACGAUCGUUUGGUGGCCCCCGUGCUGCCCCAGCACCUUCGAAUGGUGUUUAUGUUGGGAACUUGUUGUUUGAUAUCACUGCUGCGGAUCUGGAGAAGACCUUUGGGGAGUUCGGUGCGAUCAAGAAGGCCACUGUCGCUACUGAUGCUAGAGGUUUGAGCAAGGGAUUCGGCUAUGUUGAGUUCGAAUCAGUCGAGCAAGCUUCCAAAGCCAUCGAAGCCAAGAACGAGUCCACCCUCGAAGGUCGCCGCCUCGUCGUCAACUACAUGAACAUGACUCGCCGCGACACAUCAGUUACCAACCCACCAUCCAAGACCCUCUUCAUCGGCAACCUCGCAUUCGAGAUGUCCGAUGCUGACCUCAACAAGCUCUUCCGCGACAUCAGAAACGUCAUCGAUGUCCGUGUCGCCAUCGACAGACGUACCGGCCAACCUAGAGGAUUCGCCCAUGCUGAUUUCGUCGAUGUGGACAGUGCUGUCAAGGGUAAGGAGGCGUUGGUUGGAAAGGAGGUCUAUGGCCGCCAGUUGAGAAUCGAUUUCAGUGCUGGAAGCAGAGAGAGCCGUGGUGAUGGUGGCGUCCCAAGAGAGAAUCGUCACCAAGCAUUCUAAGCUGCUUGUCUCGCAGUUGAUAGGAGAGUGUGAACGAUGUUGUCCGGGUGUAUGAGGUUGACAGACAGAGUGUAUGAUGGGUACAACAGCGUGAUAAGAGUUGAGAGUGAACUAUGGCGGGUGUAUUAAAAGUUGCGGGAUUGGUUGGGAACCAUGGCAAGGAGUGGCAUUUUCUGGAUCUUGUGUUUUUCGUCUUUCUUGCCUGGUCUGGUCUGGCUCCCCCUUCCUUCUACAACACCUUGUCUUAAAACUCUUUCUACGAUAUUUGUAAAAUAGGGGAAUUCUUUUUGGACCUAUCAUUGUCUGCAUGCGUGCAUGGCGUGUUGGGCUCGGCUUUUUCUGAUCCAGAUCAGGCAGGGAAGAAGAGAAAGACGGGAAGCAAAGAAAGGGUAAGGAAGAAGGAGACUUCAUAGAUAUAACUCCGCUCAUGGCUUGUACGAUGGAUGGAUGGAUGGUUGGGCUUUCAUUUGUUUGUUCGGUGGCUGCAUAUAUCUAUGCAAUGAUGAUACCGUAGUAAGAAUUAUUGAGAUACCGUUUCCGCAUUUUCAUUUGACUCCUCCAUGGCUGACUUGAGAGAUCAAUUAUGAAUCUGGGACCUGAUUUAUUCUCCCUACAAAUAUCGUCUGCUGGUAUCCUUAGUAGGGAAAUAAUAACUCCAUGUAAAAGAUAAAUCCAUCUCUCUUCCUCACCUUGACAGAUGUAAACUUUCUUUUCA